GUUUUGGGUUAGGUUAUGACUUUGAUAUUGUGAUUGUGAAUUAAUAUUAUGCUUAAUUCCUGACAACUCAUAAGUGGUCAAUUAAUUGAGUGUCAUAUUAACCUACGAUUUCUUUUCUUUUCAACAUUAUAUAACUUGAUGUAGGCCUUGUAACUUGCUUAAGUUUUAUGCUUCUUCAGUCUGCAUUGUCUGUUUGUUAACUAUUUUCGAUCUUCUGAUUCUUCUGAAGUUUUGUUUAAGCCUAUGCCCCCUGUAGCCUAAGUUAGGCCUAGCUAGUUCCUUGCAGUUUAAUGAAUCACUUAAGUUUUGCUGUGAAUUAGCUAGGCCUAGAUAGCCUAAAAAACUUAAAAGGCCUUAGCCUAAAAAACUUAAAAGGCCUUCAGAUCAUCGUAGGCCUAGCCAGCCUCCCUGCUACUUGGCUGGAAGCAAAGGAACUCAAUAUGACAGAAAAUGUGCGUGUUCUGCCAACUGGUCCUCUAUCAGAUGUUUCAUAUCCUAUUCAAGUAAUUUACUGUGGAAACUGCUCUUUGCCAAUAGAAUAUUGUGAAUAUCACCCUGAUUAUGAAAAAUGUAAGCAGUGGCUUGAACAGAACUUGCCUGAUGAGUUUGAGAAGUGUGUUAAACUUUCUGGGGGUGUUGGAGAUGACGACGGUGGAGAAGAAAAGAAAAGACAAAAACGAGGAGGUAAAGGAAUGGUGAAAGCCAAGAAAAAAGAAGAUGUUCCUAAACAAGUUUGCGUAUCUCGAGCUCCAAGAGGAAAAAAGAAGUCUGUAACUGUAGUGACAGGCCUUAGUUCAUUUGGAAUAGAUUUGAAAGUUGCAUCCAAAUUCUUUGGCACAAAGUUUGCUUGUGGUUCAUCUGUGACUGGUGAUGAUGAAAUAGUGAUACAAGGUGAUGUGAAAGAUGACCUAUUUGAUGUAAUACCAGAAAAAUGGCCAGAAAUCGAUGAGGACUUUAUUGAAGAUUUGGGUGAUCUGAAGAGGUGAAAAGUGUAUUAUUUUGAUCUGUGAAAUUGUUUAUCAAAACUAAUUUUCACUAUUUGUCUAUACAAAAUAAAUUGUACAUAUAAAAAUGUCAA